ACACACACACACAAAAGCAUUUCAUCACUCCGAAUGUCGUCUUUUGAUUUUGCUGUUACCAUGGCCACAGUUUGUACAGGUGUGUCUCUUCAGUGGUCUUCACAGUCCAUGCAGUCCACAUCACGUGUCACACUUUACAUUUCUGCAGGUUUUAAUGGCGAACUUGUUAAGAGGAAAGACUCAUCAUUCUGCCAUUUGUGUCAGAGCUUCAGAAGGGAGUGGCUUCAUUUUCAAAUUGUAAUCAGAGACGUGGAUUAGGAUCUGUACACCACGAUUUUCUGACGAUUAAAUGUGCCUUAGCUGUGCGAUAUUUUGGUAAAACCAGAGAUAAUUGUUAUGGGCUUUAAAUCAAAAUGUCAGUAACAUUUGUCAGCUUUUCGCAGUGAUUUCAAAAAUCUUGCGGUUUACAUUCAGAGCCAAUUUUGACCCUUUUUUUCUCUAAGCAUUUUUUUAAAGCAUUCAGCAGUCUCCAGACCAGAAAUAUUUGCUAUUUGUUUUGUUUUACAUGCAUAAUGCCACAAGUGAAAGAAAACUAAUACAUGAGAUCACUCCGAUUGCGCCGUAUAAUAAAGGAUUGACAGUCUCAUGAUGUGGGCAUGCUCUUGCUAAGCAGGGGCAUGGAAAGUGGCCAACAAAAUCCUCUAACCUUUCUGUAUUAUUUUUAAAGCCCUAGAGUAUUACAUGAAGUAUAAAGUCAGUCUUCCUCAUCUUUUUUAAAUCAAAAGCUGUGCCAAACAAAGCCUUUGCAAUGCAUUCUAAAGUCUUUGGACCACAAUAAUUAUUCAACUUUUACCACUUACAUGCAUAAGAAAAUACAUACGAGCAUUACUCUGCACAUCACUCUGAUUGCACCAUCUCUAAGUAGAAACAUGGAAGUGGCAGCAUUAUGCUGUGGGGAUGCUUUUCUUCAUCAGAGACAGGGAAGCUGCUCAGAGUUGACGGGGAUAAUCGCAUCCCCAUCGUUGUCCGCAGCUCUGUGUGCAGCUCGCCGAAUCCUCUCUGCCAAUGCCAAACAACUUAUUCUCCUAUCAACUCUUAUUUAUUUAUUUAUUUAUUUAUUUAUUUAUUUAUUUGUUUGUUUCAUUUAUUGGAUGAAACAAAUAAGUGACUGAUGUUUGAAGAAACAAAACAUGCUGGCAGUCUGGCAAACAAUUUAUUCACUUAGCGAACUGGAGCUUCAGUGAGAGGACCAGCAGUUUGACACCUUCUCUUCAUCCAUUUGGUCACACACUGCUGUGGGGUGGUUUCCCAUUUUUCCAGACAGCCAAUGUGGUUGUGUUGUACAAUGGAGUUUAAGUCAGAUAUGCGUCUCUGCUCUCAGAUUUUAGUGGUAGACUCUGAUAAACUCUGCUCCGUGGGCAUCGACGUCUUAGAGAGUUCAAAACCCUAAGAGCGUGGAGAUGCGGGACUGUUUGCUUAAAAUCUGUCUGCCUUGACAUUGCUUCCAAUGAUGACAUAUAGCUUGUUUUUCCUGUGAGGGAGAUGCUGCCUCACACUGCCUCCACAAAAAGCUGCUUGGCAGAAGAUUUGGACUGCUUUUCAUGGGUGCAACCCGCAUUCUCAACACUGUUGCUCAACCCACAGAUGCAUUUUCCCUAUAAAUGUGGCACCAUUUAAAACAGUUUUUUUUUUGUUGUCUUAUGACACUAUUGACCUUUAUCCAUUAAUAGCCAGAGGAGAAGAGGUCCAGAGACAAAAGGGCAAGAUAUUCAUUAAAUGGUCCAGGGUUCGGAACCGAACCUGAAAUAACUUUAUUCAGGCUCCUUAUUUGGUGCACCUGCUCAUGGAGUUAUGACAGGUCCCAAGAAAUGAAAAUGGCUUUCAAACUAAGAAGAUUUUUGACCAUUUAUGUUUUUCGUCAUUGCUAUAAUAAAGAAAAACAUCAACCAAAACCCAAAUGUCCUUAUUGGCAAUGUGCCUCAUCCUGUUUUGUCCCAAAAGCUGUACCAAAGCUUUUCAAAAGCAUCCCACAGUCUCUGGACCAGAGCAGUUGCCAACUGCGAUGUAUUGAAAAUGCCUCGGGGGAUUUGUACCUGGUAGUUCAUCUGCAGGCCUGGAUGGAGAGUCGGAUAACCCGCAGGCAAAAAUGUGCCAGUGGAGAAUACCCAAACUAUGUGGAGUAUCUCUACUCGGCAUGUUGCAGUUUACUAGGGACAGCCGCUGAGUGUCUUUACAAGCAGCCUUUUUCUGAUUUAAAGCUUCGGUCUGGCGCUUGUUUCCCAGAAAUGGGAAGAGAUCAUGGGAGGGAAUUACAGGAGCUUGACUGACCAAUGCAUCAGCAAAGCAGUUCUCAGAGUCCCACCUCUUACUCCUCGGGGCAUACAAGAGUGAAUCACCAUCAGCCUUGCAAAAUGAGACUGGCUGCAGGCUCUUACUGGAGUGCAGUUAAUUCACUGCUCCAUGUCCUAUUGCUUCUUUUCUUUUCAGACAUGCUCAAGUUCUAAAGAAAGGCUGCGACACAAGUACUUUGUGAAUGACAUAAAAAUAGUCAAAGAAAAUUAGGAUCAGGGGACAUUUCAUCUGAAAAAUUAAAAGCAAAUCCCUUUGAUUGUAGAGUACAGGGUUUGACAUGGACUCACUGUGCACUGAAUUGCUACAGGAAAGGAAAACACAGUUCCUGGCCGUUGUGGGUCUGUUGAUCAGAGCCAACAUUUGUGGCCGGGUAGCAGCACGGUAGCUUGUCGGUCACUGGACGGUCUUUCCUGUUUGUUCUCCAGCGAGGCAGGUCCUGGAGCCGUGCCUGCCUAGCGGAUGUAUCUGUGUGUAUUUAAGCGCUACAGCAUUCUCACAUUGUUGAGGUGAAGAGUCCUCACAGAUGGUCCCGCAGAUGGUUCCCGUCAACGGCAUUGUGCGCACAAAACAUUGAUAAUUUGUCAGCACAAAGAUCAAACAGACUACCAUACAUACUGUUACCCAAAACGGAGUUUCUCAGUCUGACGCGCUCUGUGAUUCACCCCCCCACACACACACACCUCUUUCAACUCAAACCUGCUUUUCGGUGCAGAAGGCUUGUACUAAUGCUUUAACGAGGGAACUUAGAGUGAAGGGCCAUGUGGUUGAGGGCUGUAAAUAAUUCAAAAAUGCUGAGUGAUGCGUUCUUUCUGCAGUGGAGGGCGUUGUGUGGUGCAUUAUUUUACAGUCUUGCUUAGCACUGUGGCAUAGCGUGUUACCAUGUUGGCGUCUCACCAUUUUUUUUAAUGGAUGGCGCUUUGCCAUCUCAUAGGAAGUGGGUGGUUUCCUUGUGUAUUUUUGUUUCUACCCCGUCGCCUCCAUCCCUCUCUCUGAGUGACUGAUGUGCAAGAGUUAGACAUCCUAGGCUGAAUCUGUGAAGUUAGCUCUAAAGGCCGCAUUCCCAUGACAUUUACAGUGGCUAUGUUCUGCAUGCCCCCACAAGUUUUGUGACAGAUUGUGAUUUACAUCUAAAUUAACUUUUUUCUCAUAAACCUUUCCAUAUUUUUCCAGCAUGUCAAGUAUUUAUAAAGGCAAAAAAGAGAAAGAAUAUUUCACUUUAUUUUUUUGGGAUUCUGUGCCAAUUUUCAAUACAAACAUUCUUUUUUUUGUGGCAGUUAAUUAUAUUUUGAAUUGAUGCAUAUGCCUAUCGAACCACCAGUGCAAUAUAGUAAAAUUAUUGAGGACAAAUAAAUUGCUAUUUGUCAUUUUUUGAAUAAUAAAUAACCUACCUCUGACAUUUUACAAUAAGGAGUGCUGUAUCCUGGAUUGGCGCAUCAUUAGUCUAUAGAAAUUACUUAGAUAGCUUUCAAGUUUCACAUCCAACAUCAGCUGGAUGAUUUUUUAGCUGAUGUUGUCAGCUUAAACAUCCAGCUGACAGGAUGUUGGCGUUCAUUAAAAGUAAAAUGAGUUUCCCAUUUUAGCUAUCAUUAAUCAUUGUCUCACGGCUGAUCAGGAUGUGUAUAACCAAUUUGUGACCUAGUGCCUACUAAUUCGUUUCUUUUGUAUAUUGUGAACAAUUUAAUAUUGGUCUGCCAUUUAUUAAUAUACCAUAAAAUGUCUACUUCUGGAACACAUGCUUUGUUACCAAAAGAGCUAAAGUAUUUCACAACAAAACAUAGUCUUUUAAUGACUUGUAGACAUAUUGCAAUAUUGCAUAUUGCUUUUUGUUAGGUAAACUAAUUUGAACCUCAAAGAUUAAUUAUGAUCUAAUUUGUAGAGAGAAUAUAGUACAUAAUGUUACACAGAGCAGUGCAAGUCUUGUAGUAACUAAUCUUUAAGAAGUAUAGUAAUACCUUACAUAACCUUUACUCUUGCAGAACUAGGAAGCUGUUUGUGUUUCAAGAUUGUUGUUUUCUCUUCUAACCAGGAAAAGACAGCGUGUUUAUACAAUGAAACCUAAAUGUUCACUGCAAUUUGAAAAAUCUGUUGCAGCACCCAGAAUAUUGAAUCACAUAAAGUAGAUAUGCUGUGUUGACAUGAAUAAAAAUUCUGGCAUCAGUUUAACAUCAGAAAACGAGUCGGAAGAAACUGCUGACGUGAACCUGCAGGGACCUUGGGUUUGCCAAUUACGAGUGCUGCUGAUGAAUAAUUGGCUUUUUCUGCUACAGUGGAGCUUUAAAGUGACUUCAAUUAUACAUAAAGUUUUACACCAGUGCAUCAAGACAUUAGUGUAGUUCUGGAAAAAGUUAGAUUAAAGUGAAACCAAUCAUUUGAUAUGAAUGUUAUUCAGUUUUCAUUAAGCUAUUCCAGAAACAUCGUUGGUGGAUAAUGCUCUGUUGGCGUUAUUGUCAAAACAGUUGAAUGGUGAGCAUUUUUUGCUCUUGGGCUCACCUGACACCUGUGAGAUGUAACAAGAACAAAAAAAAAAAAGCAAAACAAAUUUUUUAUAUGUCUAAGCCUUGAAUACAAACAGCCACGUGAUUUUUUGUUGUUGUUUUGAUUUAGGUUCUCCAACAUUAUUUUUGACUUUGCCACAAUUUGAUAUACUGAUAAGAUUGUGCAAAGAGAAACUGGUUCUGAGAUGGAAAACAUGGGCAUUAAUAGCUGAACAUUACAUAGGGUACAGUACCGCAGUAAAUAGUCAACAACAUCGUUUAAAACAUGGAUGGGCUCCAGUUUGCUCCUCCAGUUUCAAAUUAUUUCUCCGACUAUUGUCUUUUUACUGCCUUCAUUUCACAUUUUCCUCAAACAUCUCUUAAAUAAGUUGCUAUUUCUAAGAGCAUUUAUUAUUUAUUGAUAACAUGAAUCCAUCCAAGCAGAACUGUUUGUUUUAGACAAAUGUCAGUAGAAAAGAGAUGACGUCCCAUCCCCCAUAAAGCUUUCUGUCCAUAAUGAUCCAUGUCAGAUCAGUCCAUCUAUUCCCUGCUUCAUCGGUGUCACCCUGCCUGAUUUUGUCAGAUCUCAUUGACUUCAGCAAUGUCUCAAAAUCGUUACUUUUCCUCUUGAGAAACAGGGAAGGAUAAUUCUAUUCUAAAAUUUUAAGCUGUUGCCAUUUCCAUUCUGUUUUGUUUCCACUGCACUAAUGAGUCAUAUGUGCCACUGAGCACCAUAUGACAAAAUCUAUCUGUGCAUGCACCCAACAAGACAUAAAGAAGCAGAGCUUCAUUUCACCAAUCCGUCACAGACUGAAUGGCACUCCUGCAGGACAUCCACCUGAAGGAGCCAUGGAUAUAGAAACAGUAACUAUCAGUUCUGGACCCCAAACAUCAGACUAUAUGGACGCAUAACAAGAAGCACUUUUACUCAGAUCAUGUAGAGCAAACAGAAAGUGUACUUCUGGGUCAACAUGUAAAACAUAAUGUGUGAAAACAAAACUACCGAUGCAAAUUAUCCUCAUGGUGACUCACGGUGGUGAUAGCAUCAUGUUGUGGGGAUGCUUUUUCUUCAGCAGGACCAGAGAGGCUUGACAGGGCCGAGAUGAAUGGAGCUCAAUACUGAACAACCCUGGAAGAAAACUGUUUAGAUGCUUCAGGACUUUAAAACUUGUGUUCACAGCUGCUAUCUUCCUUUCUGACUGAAAGGGACGUUUUGUACCAAGGAAUAGACAAAACUUUCUUUCUGUGGAUGCACAAAAGUGUAAUUGCAGAGAAAUGUAAUUAAAGCAUUGAGUUCAGGUGGCUGAAUACAAAUGCACGCUCCACUUUUCAGAGUUUUCUAUCCACUAAUUCCUUUCCUUAACUAUUCGCUCCCUGGGUGCUGGUCUGUAUCAUCUAUUCCCAUUAAAAUGCAUUAAAGUUUGUAGUUGUAUAUAAUCUGGAGAGGUUUUAGGUUUUGAAAGGCACUGUGAAUGCUGUAGUAGUUAAAUCAGUUAAUUUGUGGUACCUGAAAACAUGACUUAACAGGUUUUUAGAUGGCUUAAAAAAUCCUAAGGAGAAUCAAGCACCACCCUGCCGUGGUGUGUAUUUUGGGUUGGUUGCACAAGGUUUCAUUUAUCAUUUUCCAAAACAGACAUGUCUGAAAGCAUAAUAAAAAAACACUGUCAUAUUUCUGAAAAAAAAAAAAAGAAGGAAAAACAGGAAAAUAUCCGCUGCUCUCCACAGAGGAAUCCACCAACUGACUGAGUCAUCUGCUACAGCCGGAAAACACGUACAAGAUGACUAUUAAACUAAGUCAGGAUCACAGAUGACGCAGUUUAGCUGCAUUUAUGGUCUUGGUAGCUCAGGCGAUGGAGUCUGAGGGCUGCAGUGAUGUCAUACCUGGAGAAUAACGAGGCCCAAUAUGGCAGCACAGUCAAUUAUAAUGACUGUGCUGUACCCUAAGCAGUACCUUCCUUCAAUUGAAGCAUUGCAUCUGAUAAUGAUAGCUAUUUGGGGUGUUACAGACAUCCAGAGACUUCAAACUGUCCCCUGUAAGCCAACGGGAACGGAAAGUCCACUUAUCUACUGCAGAAACAUCACCUUAACUCUAAAGCGAGUCUCCCAUCUGUCUUUCCCUAAUUUGAUCACAUUACACCAAAGUGGGAUAAUUCAUUUUGGCAGAAGAAGAAGAAGGGCCACUCUUGAGAGUCUUUAGUGUACUACAGUAUGGUCAGAAUAAUGUGUCAUCUGUCAAGAUACUGCUGGGAAAAAUUAUAAAAAGACUCAGUGAGUUACAGAGCGCACAGAAGAGGAUACAAACAGCUAACUGUAGCUCAGAGGUAGCCAGAUUAAAAUAAAAAAAAAAGAAGCAAAAUUAAGCUUGACACAAUGGUAGUAGCAGAUGUGAAAGAGCGCUAAAGAACAAAAAACAAGACCAGAUUGGACAUAAAAGAAUAAAGCAGACCACAGAAACUAAGGACCAUAAUGUGAAGAUAACCAGAACUUCACAAAAUUUACUACUGAUACCUCAAUCAAUAAACAAAUGAUAAAAUCCAAAGUCAAUGAAACCCAGAUGACUCUUGUUUUACUGUUGACUAUGCAGCAGUAGCAGCAUCAGAUGGAAAAGCCCCCACUCAGUGCCUAUUGAUAGCAGAUCUAAUUAGCUGCUUAUCUGUGGGCCCCAGAGGCUGACAGACGACAGAUUAGAAAUCAAAAGUAGAACAGCAUGACAGACACAGUAAUGAGCGGUGGUUCAGGUCGCUGGGUGUCCAACGACCGGCAGAGGAGCAUGCGUCCGAGUGAUAAAGAGCAGGGGAAUUGGACAAUGCAGUCUGGCUCUGGUCCUGGUCCAGACCUAACAGAUGAGGAGAAGGAGAUUAUAAACAAUGUGAUUGCCCGCGCUGAGAAAAUGGAGGCCAUGGAGCAGGAGAGAAUUGGGCGCUUGAUAAACCGCCUGGAUGACAUGAAGAAGACCGUGUGUGGGGACGGUGUUUCUCGCUGCCUGCUGUGUGGGGAGCAGCUGGGCUCGCCUGGGGUCAGCUCCGUCGUGUGUGAGGACUGCAAAAAGAACAUGUGCACAAAAUGUGGCACUCAGUGUGGCAGUCGAACUCGCCCUGUGUGGCUGUGCAAGAUCUGCAGAGAACAGCGAGAGGUAUGGAAGAGGUCCGGUGCCUGGUUCUUCAAAGGCUUUCCAAAGCAGUUCCUGCCGUCGCCCAUGCCGUUGUCUAAACCGAAGGAGACAGCUCCUCAUGAGGCAGCAGAGCCUCAGAAGCCGAGGGAGGCAGCAGCUCAACCAAAACCACCAGGUUCCCAUCAGAGUCAAACUUCAGCCUCUGAGGAACAGGUUUCAGGUGCGCAGAUGCAGGCCCGUGCUGGUUACCCACCUGUGGCCCCCAAACUAGCUAUGCGUAUGGGUGCAGGAGGAGUUGGUCCUGAAGAGGCGGGUCAGGGAAGUCCGGUAGUGAUGAAGAAGAUGGUUCCGGUGCACAGCUCCAGGGCACAACCUGCUGCUUCAGCGGCAAUGUCCCAGCAGGGUCCUGUGGCAGGAGAUGUGGGUGCUUACGCCUCGGAGCAGAGAGCACCUCCUGCUGUAAGAGAGGACAGGAAGCAGCCGGCUGCCUACAGCACGCCCCCUCCACGACAGCAACCUCCCCCAGCUGAUGAUGAGGAGGAGGCCAACGACUACGACUCUGACGAAGCCACGACUCUGGGCUCUCUUGAGUUUGGCCUUUUCUACGAUCAGGAAAGCAACAGCCUCCAAUGUAGCAUCCUCAAAGGAAAGGGCCUGAAGCCGAUGGACUCCAAUGGGCUCGCAGAUCCUUAUGUGAAGCUUCAUCUGCUUCCUGGGGCUAGUAAGUCCAACAAGCUGCGUACAAAGACCCUGAGAAACACUCGCAAUCCUAUGUGGAAUGAAACGCUCACCUACCACGGCCUGACCGACGAAGACAUGCAACGUAAAACUCUCAGGCUCUCUGUCUGCGAUGAAGACAAGUUUGGGCACAAUGAGUUUAUUGGCGAGACCCGGGUAGCACUGAAGAAGCUGAAGAUGAAUCAGAAGAAGAACUUCAACGUCUGCCUAGAGAGGGUUGUGCCUACGAAGAGAACUGCGACAGCCGGAGGAGCAAGAGGGAUUGCGCUCUACGAAGACGAGCCAGGGAAGGAGGGCACGGAUGCAGAGGAGCGCGGUCGCAUUCUGAUGUCCCUCAUGUACAGCACCCAGCAGAAUCGCCUCAUCGUGGGGGUCGUACGCUGCGUUCACUUGGCUGCCAUGGAUGCUAAUGGAUACUCUGAUCCAUAUGUCAAAAUAUGCCUGAAACCUGACAUGGGGAAAAAGGGCAAGUGCAAAACACAAAUCAAGAAGAGGACUUUAAACCCAGAGUUUAACGAGGAAUUUAGCUACGACAUCAAACACAGUGAACUGGCCAAGAAGACAUUAGACAUCUCUGUGUGGGAUUAUGACAUUGGGAAGUCCAAUGAUUACAUAGGUGGCUGUCAGCUGGGCAUCACCGCCAAAGGAGAGAGGCUGAAGCACUGGUACGAGUGUUUGAAGAACAAGGACAAGAGGAUCGAGCGCUGGCACACCUUAGUGAACGAGAAUCACAUUGUCAGCGAUUAACCAUACAUACAGCAUGGGCUCGCACCUAAUCAGUUUGCAUUCAUGUCUUGUUGCACUUUUACAAAUGUAGGUUUUUUUUUGGGUUGUUUUGUUUCCAUAUACAGUAGAUUUUAAUAUAACCAAACACGCAGGCACUGUUUCUUCCUUCUCCCGUAUAAUCCCCUAUUUUUAUAGUAGCGGCUUGGUCACCGAUACACAAUUUGCUUCUGGCACAAAUCACGUUGUGCAAAGGAAUCUAAAGUUUUAGUAACACGACCCAAACGAACUGUUACGUUAUGGAAAAUGCUGCAACAACAACAAAAAAGGCCUUCAGAAAUGCUUCGUAGUGACACAUUCUUCACUGAAGUAAAUGAAGCGUGAAUUGCACUGGAACAGAUCAGGAAAAACAAUAUGUUAUGGCAUCAGAACCAUCGCCUAAGCCCACGAAGGCCUCAAACUGGGCCCACAACUCAAAUUCAUGACUUAAUUGCCAUGUGAAACAUAUAGAGCUCUAUAAGCAUGCCAGACCACAGCUGCACCUUAAAAUAACUCAGCUGUAUGAACAUAUUGUAUAUUUCCACAAAGAAAUGUUUACAUAAUGAUACAUUGCUCAGGAUAGGAUAGACAUCUGAUACAACAGAUGAUUCAUACGUGAGUGAACCAUGAGCUAGAAAAAUCUGUAAUGAGUUGCUGUUAAUUUGUGGUUUAAAAAAAAUGUAUAUAUAUAUAUAUAUUCUAGCACACUUAUAUAGUUUGACAGGAGUUUUUCUGUAGUGUUAUUCAAGAUGUGUGUGCUAUUUUACGUUUGUAGGGCGUAAUAACUAUGUGUUAAGAGAAACCGGAAAGCGAUCCAAGAUUCUGAUCUUUCAUUUAGUUUCUUUGGGAAAAAAAAAGAAAAGAAGAGAAAACUAAUAGAAUCACGUCCUGCUACCUCUGCUCGUUCAAAGCUCGCGGUUCACUCUGACACCUCAGAGGGUUUUUUUUACUGCACUGUUUACAUUGAAUACACAUGGUUAAGUCUGCUACAUGUUUACAGAAGAGAGAAGACGGAGCAAGUCAUGUCUAAAGUAUGUGCAGUCUAUAUCUGCAUGCACUGUGCUUGUGACUCUCAUGUGCCUGGGGCAUUCUUAGCCCGCUUUUACCCCGAACAUUCCCCUUUUUCCCCCCUGUCUCGCUCUCUUCCACUCCCUGAUUAUCCAAGGCUUAAGUGAGUGUUUGUUCACUAAUUAAAGCAAAUCAAGGAAAGCACACCUUACACAGUGGAAUGACCUCUAUUUAUACAGUAAAUUGUCUGCAAGUUAUUCCAGUGUGACAACAAAGACAAAAAAAAAUUCUAUGCAUGGAAAUGUCUUGUGAUUAAAGAUGUAUAUAUAUAUAUAUAUAUAUAGAUAGAUAUAUCACUAUCUGUCUAUACAUAUAUUUACACUUUGUUAGAAAUAAAUACUAUUGUACCUUCAUUAAUGUUUACAGUUUUCACCAUGACAUUCCUACUGAUAUGGAGGCCAUACGCUGCAUGACUAUGAUUACUAAGGUUUAAUCUGGAUGAACUGGUUCGCUAGUACACAGAAGAUUGACAGAAAGUCAACUGAGCAUAUCAACAUAAGAUGUCUAUGAGUAGCAGAUUAAUCUUAGCGUUUAACCGAGAGAUCUUGUACAUGCACAUUCGAAGCUUACCAGUGUCUUGUUUUCUCAGUAAAGAGCAAUGCCCAGAUGUGGCAAUGACCUAGUUCUACACUGUGCUACAUCAACAACUGUGAUCAUGAUGACGUGAUCAUCAAUCGCUUCAAAAACAAAAUCGACAAAAAAGUAAAUAAAUAAAAGGCUUCUCUCCGAGCUAAAGUUAUAGCCGCCUUCUACUGGAUUCUGCCAGUUCUGUGGAAUGUUCCUCAAUCUCUGUAUUUGUACAUAGAUAGUGCAUGAAGUUGAAAUCUGUAUGUUUGCUAAUAACUUUGCAUGGAAAGGUUUUGCAGAAAGUUUACACAGACAAAUAAAAUCUGAUGAAAAUUGA